UUAUUUUUGUACACUUCAGCACUCAAAGCAAACAGGCUUAUGAAUAGUGUUACUGGAAAUAAAGUCAUAGUUUGAGAUAAACAAGCAAUAACACUGGCCUUGAACUGAAGCUGUGGAAAAGAACACUGGGUCUGUGUUCAUGACCCAGAGGCGUUACAAAUCUGGCUGUACAGAUUAGAGUUUCUUCAUUCUUGGGAAUUCCGGUACUCGGGGUUGUGUUGAAUACUCUGCACUCUGCUGAUUAUAUAACCAGUGUUUUCCAGUGGAUCAGACAAGAGGACCAUAUUCUGAGAAGCACAUCAUGAAGAUGGAUUUGGUUGCAGUUCUGUCUUCUUUUGCAUUGUUGGUCGUCCUUAUAUGUCCUGUAUGCUGUCAGCAUGUUGACUGCAGAUGGGGGUCUUAUGGAGAGUGGUCAGAGUGUGAUGGCUGCUCCAGGACAAAGGUGCGGACCCGCCAUGUGGAAGUGUACGCCCAAUUUGGGGGUGCGCCAUGUUCAGGAGAAGCCACACAAGCACAGCCAUGUGUCUCAAAGAAAGGAUGUCCCCUGGCAACAGGCUGUGGAGAUCGGUUCCGUUGUACCUCUGGUCAGUGUAUCAGCCAGUCUCUGGUGUGCAACGGAGACCAGGACUGUGAGGAUGGUCUGGAUGAGAGGAACUGUGAUGGAGACAACAGCCAGUACUCAUGUGACCUCGACAAAACGCCUCCAAACUCCGGUGUCACAGGCAGAGGGUACAACGUGUUAACAGGCAAACUGAGAGCAGGUGUGAUCAACACUCUGAGCUUCGGAGGGCAGUGCCGGAAGGUGUUCAGUGGGGACCAUCAAGACUCUUACCGACUGCCACAUAACAUCCUCAGGUACAACUUCGAGGUGACUGUAGAAAAUGAAGACAGUGAUGAAUCCUACGAGAGCUCCUGGUCCUACAUGCAGCACAUCCAGGCCAACGCCUUGGUGGGACACGACCGUCGUAGUUUCCACAAAGAGCUCACUGACAAUAAGGCCUACAAACUUAUAAUCCUGAAGAAUAAAGUGGAGCUGGCCCAGUUCCAAAACUCUGCGCCUCAGUAUCUGACUCUGGCUGAAGGUUUCUGGAAGGCCCUGUCCUUGCUGCCGUACACGUAUGACUACUCUGCUUACCGCCAGCUGUUUGAGAUAUACGGCACACAUUACCUUUCUGAGGGCAAACUUGGAGGCGAAUACCAAGGCUUGUUGGAGUUAGACCGUCAGGCACUCGAUUCAACAAGUACAACAAAUAUAGACUACCAGAGGUGUUGGAGAAAGGUGAAACGCCGUUUAUUUAGAAAGAAAGUCACGACAACCUGUGAAAAACUGACAAAAUCUUUAUCCUCCAGUCAUGGAAACAAAGUAAACAACAUGCCCAUCAAGGUCAAAGUGUUUGGGGGAGAUAUGGCUUUGACGGGCGCUUUGGCUCUCCUGGAUCUUGAUAACCCAGAAGCUAACGGAGAAAUCUAUGACAACUGGGCCUCGUCUGUCAAAGACUUCCCUGAAGUCAUAGACAUGAAGCUGCGUCCUCUGUAUGAGCUGGUGAAGGAAGUGCAGUGUGCAGGUUUAAAGAAAGUCCACCUGAAAAGAGCCUUAGAGGAGUACCUGUUGGAGGAGCAUCCCUGUCACUGCGGGCCCUGCCAGAACAACGGGAAGCCGCUGCUGACGGGGUCCGAGUGUCACUGUGUCUGCUGGCCGGGAACAUGGGGCCACGCCUGUGAACAGGGAGCUGUGAUUGGUGAACAACCAGGUGUGAUCGAUGGCAGCUGGACCUGCUGGUCUUCCUGGGGAACCUGCUUUGGAAGUAAAAAGAGAAGGACCCGAAGAUGCGAAAACCCCGCCCCCAGGAAUGGCCAGCACUGCAUCGGAGAGUGGUCGGAAGUGAAGCCUUGUGAGGACCCAGACAUCCGGUACUUACAGACGAUGGAGCCUCAGUGCUUCGAUCUCCCUGCAGUGACUCCACCAAAGACAUGUGGAGCACCCCCAAACCUCAGGAACGGAUAUAUUGAGAAUCCCAGGGACUUUUACCUGGUUGGAAACACAGUGCAAUACUCCUGCAUUGACGGUUAUUACCUUAUUGGAGGCGCUGUGGCUCAAUGCACUGAAACCCAGAAGUGGAGGACUGAAUCGCCGGUUUGUAAAAGUGCCACAUGUGGGUUUCCUCUACUCAACAGUGACAUCAUAGCCACCCCUAUCGAGGCAGCCUAUCAGAUUGGACACAGAGUGUCCCUGUCCUGUCCUGUGGGGUCGGUGCUGGACGCGGAGGAGGUGUCAGAGAUCAUGUGCAGUUCCAGUCUGCAGUGGUCUCCAUCACCGGCCAGCGCUCAUUGUAAAGCAGUGCUCUCAGGUCCCACUCCUCCACCUGGCCUGAAAUGUAAGCCUUGGGAGAACGUAGGAAUAACUGAGUGUGUGUGUAAAAUGCCAUCUCAGUGCUCGACUUCUCUGCAGAUGUGUGCCAGACUCGGUUCAAGCCGAACCCGAGUACUCAGUCUGUGUCAGCUCGGAGCUCUGCGCUGUUUGGGGCGGAGCUUCGAGUUAGCGACAGACUGUGACGGGCCACAAGAGCUGUCCCUGUCCUGUGAGGACUGCAAACCAGGGACAGUUUGUCAGGAAUCGAAAUGCGUGUGUCAGAACGUGUCAGACUGCCCGACAGACUCCGCCCCCCUUUGCACCAAAACCAGUGAUGACAGCGUUGCCAAGACGAUGACUGAAUGUGAGGUGGGGGCCAGACGCUGUGCUAAUGAGCAGGUCCAUGUUGUCGGUAUCGAGGCUUGUCCAGAAUAAAAAUGUCUGAGCUCUCUCACUCUGUACAUAAAGGAGGGACAUGUUGUUUUCAAUGAAUUGUAAAUAAAAAAAUGUACAACACUUGAA